UUUUAAUGAUUUAAAGUGAAUUUAUUCCUCUACGGAUACGGAUUCAAUAGUAUAUUUGGCUGAUUGUUGUAUCACUGAUAAUCAUAAAAGAUGUGGAAACUAACGACUAUAAUCCUGGUCCUAGCGUUCGUGGCAUUAUGUAAUGCGCAGAUGUUAUGUGAAUCAAAUUUAGAGUGCCCGGAGGAUUCGUUCUGUUCGGGACAUCCUAAAGCUGUUUCGAAGACUCCAAAGGUCAAAAAGAUAUGUGUUCCCUGCGACUGCAAUGAAAAAGAUCAGUGUUAUUUUGGCGGUUUCAACAACUUGGAAAUCCUUUGUGAUUGUGCAGAUAGCGGCUACACCGGAGCCACGUGCGAAACUCCUAUAGAUCUAUGUGACCCCAAUCCAUGUCAAAAUGGCUGAACAUGCACAUCUGACGGUGGUACCGUGUCGUGCGAGUGCGAUCCUCUUUGGGGUGGAGAAUUUUGUCAUGUCAUUCAGAAUUAAAGAGAAAACACAGAAGUUAUGACAUCUUUAAAACAUUAUGUUGGAAAUAACACAGCGAAUUAUAACAAGGAAAACAAAACGUAUCUAAUAAUUCAAAAGAUCUUUUGUAAAAGAAUAUCUUGUAAAUAUUGAUUUCAAAAAUAAAAUUUAAAAAAAAUCUCA